GGUUUUGUAUCUUCUAACACUUUCGAGGGAUGGGCUAAAAGACGGAGGCAAAGCCAGCUUGUUGAUUUUGAGUUUGGUGUCAUUAAGCUCAGGGUAAGCACGGUAGAGGGUACGGACAAUGGUAGGGGAACCAUUUAUCGUGAGGGUACGAUAAAUUGUGAGGAUAAGAGAGCAAUUGUAGGAGCUGACUUUGAGGGAUCGGGUGAGAUGAAGUUUGAAGAAACCUGGAGUUUCAAUGAGGUUUUUCCAGGACUUGCAUACGCAUUUGAAUCGAGAUAGAGAUUUGACAGGUAAAUGGGAUAGGAUAAUUAUGGUUACUUCCAUGGGAAUGUUUCUUGAUGCCAUUGAUGAAGAGCAAAUUGAAUGGUUUAUUUUGCUUUUUUCUACAGAAAAGGAAGAGAAGUGCAAAUUUGAUUGUUAUGGGUUUUGAUGAUUGGUGGUGUGAAGCAAGUGGAGUGGAGAGAUGGCUAUUUAUUUCAUGUAUAUUUAUACAAGGAUACUCUUGGGAUCCAAGCUACUUUUAUUUAUUUAUUUUUUAUUUCUCGAUUAUGAUUCAUGCAUGACUUGGGGACCAAACAACCAGUUAUGGCAACAAUAUUAUUCGGACUAUUCAAGGGGAUAAUAAUAUUCAACGUUUUAGAAGUGUGCCUUAAUUUGACAAUUUCUUUGUUUUUAAAAUACAGUUAGGAGAUCAGGAUUCAAGCAAGAACUAUUCCUGGUUGUUCCUAGUAUGAAAACUAGGAAUGCUAUAGGAAACCUUAGGCUACAUUUGUUGGGCCUGGUCACCCUCUUUAAUUCUUUAUUAGGCUGUACACACACUCUAUUACAUAUUAGAAUGAUAUUGUCCGCUUUAGCCCUAGCUUCCACGGAUUUGUUUUUGGACAACUUUUUAAAAAGCCUCACACUAAUAGAAUGUUCACUCAAUUACAAGGAGCUCUUUGUUUCCUUAUUUUUUUCAUGUGGAAUUUGGGAUGAACUACCCCACUGAUCUUUUAAUUGAAAAAUUAAAACUCUCAACAAAUGAAGAGAACAAAACAAAGGAGACAAUAUGUUGAAAAAAGUCCUUCGCAAAACAUAAAGAAAAGAUAGUACUUCGUACUAUUAAUUUCGGUUUGUAUACAUCCUAUGUACGGUAAUUUAAUGUACAUCGGGAGUCACUUUUAUCAAAUUUAGGGUCACUUUUACAAUUUUUUGGGUAACUUUUAUCAAUAUUAGCAUAAAUAUUUCCUAACUUUUAUUUUUAUCAGAGUAAUUUUUAUUCAUAUUAGGGUAAUUUUUGCUCAUUUUAGGGUAACUUAUAAAGGAUGUACAAUAUUUAUUAUACGUCCGAUUUAUUUAAAAGUUUGUCUAAUUUCGUAACGUAUGAGAGUAACUCUAAUGGUUGUAGCUAGGGACUUGCUUGCAAUAUUAAAUAAUAAUCCCUAUCUACUAGCUUAACCAUUGGAGCUUAACUAUUAACGUAUAUGACAACAUGACACUCUUUAACGUACAUGACAACAUGUCACAAUGCCACGACAACGACACGUAAGCUUGCAACUUUAUUUAACAAAAUUAAUAAAAUAUGGUUUUAUCUAGAUUCGAACCCUCAAACUCAAACAAAUAUAUGCUACACACUUACCAUUAUUAUUAUUAUUAGGAAAAUUUUCUUUGGUAACACUAUAAUUUUAAUUUUUCUGGUAAAUUGCAAAAAAACUUAUUAUCUUUGGUAAACUUUAAUUAGUUAUAAUGUUUCAAUGGUAAAGUUAAUGAAAUAAUUUAGCUAAUUUUUAACCAUGGUUAAGAAUUUUUUACAAUAAAUCAUUGAAAUUCCUAAACCUUAAUUAAUUUCAUCAAAUACCUAAAAUGCCCCCACUUAAACCUAUCAUUGUGAUCAUCAUCUUCAUCCUCCUCUCUUUCUUCAUCUUUAUCUUUCACAUUUUGAACAAUUAACUUUCAUCCAAUCGCAUCUCUCCUUCCCCUUGAACCACCACCACCCCGUCCCCAAAUAAUCCUUCAAAUCCUCAAUUUAUGCAAGUACUCCUUCAAAUUGAUUUUUACAUCCUUUACUUUGGGCUUGCAGAAUUCUACUAACAGUAAUCGUUUUUGCACUUUUUGUAAUUGGAUCUUCAAAUUGCAGAAAUUAAAUUGUUUGUCGGCCCCAUUAAUCUUGAUGUUGUUAUUGUUGUUGAAUUUAGGAUUGAAUUUAGGGUAAGUUACUAAAGAAUUGUCCUAUAAAUUAAUCGAAAAAUCGAACCUUGCAAUUAAAUUUUGGGAAAUUAGGUUGAUAAUUAAUUGAAUUGGGGCUUUGUAUGCUGAAACUAACGGGCUGCUACUAUCUUAAUUGAAGUGGGUUGGUUCUUGGUUGCGAUUUGUGACUGGUGCUGCCGUAAGGAGCUUCUGUUGGUGGCGAGUGUGGCCGUGAUUUUUGCUCGGCUGCCGCCAAUUGCUGCCAUUGUUGUGGUGUUUAAGAUUUUAGAGCAGUAGUGCCACUGAUUGCGGUGGGUUGUGGGCUGCGGUUGAAGGUUGAAUGGCGAGGUAGAAUUGGUGAGUUAGUUGGUGUUGGUGUUGUGAUGCGUGGACUGGCGGUUGGGAGGGCUGAGAUUGGUGAUGCGGGGUGAAGCAGGGGGUAUUUUGGGCAGCAAGGUUGAGUGGAGGUUGGAGAUGGUGGGUGACGGAGGUUGUGGUCAGGUGGUGCGGCAAUAGUUGAGACUGGGUAAUGGUGGAAUGGGCUGGUUUGAAGGGGAAUUGUGAUUAGUGAGCGGGUCUGGUGUGGUUAGAAGAUAGUGGGUUGUAGGAUGGCGAUAGCGGUGGCGGUGGUCGUUAGGGGGCGGCUAUGGUUGCUGGGAGGUGGUUCUGGCUGUUGGGCAUUAGUUUUUGGGUCGAAGGAUUUUGGAUAGUAGGCUGGAAUUGAGAUUAAGGUUAAAUUAGUUAUUAAAUCUUUAGUUAACUAAAGUUAAGCUUAUAUCUAGUUAAAUUUACCAUUGAAAAAUUGUAACUAGUUAAAGUUUAUAAAGGAUAAUAAUUUUUUUUUGUAAUUUACCAUUAAGAAAUAUAAAAACUAUAGUUUUACCAAAGAGAAUUUUCAUUAAUUUAUUUAUUUUCACAAGAUUAUUAGAAAAUAAAUAUAUAUGCAGUAAAAAAAAAAAAAAAAGUAACAUUUGCACACUGCAAUUCAGGGCAUCACCAGACACAAACUAAUUUGCUUAGAUUAAAACUUGCUAAAAUAAAACACAUUAGAAUAAAUAAAAUAAAAUUUAUCAACGUAAAUUAAGGAGCUGUGGUCUAUUUAAAUAGUAAGCUAAAAUGACAACUAGCUUAAAAGCUUACCUGGUAUGAUAAACUAAUUUGACAAUUAGCUUGUCAUUGGAGCUGCUCUCAAUAUUCCUGCAUAUUUGAAUGCAUUUAAGUCUUGUAGUUUGGUUCGAAUGCACUUGUAUAUUCCAUACAAAGUAUAGACGUGAAAUUAAAUCUCUCCCUAGAAUUGAAAUUACUAGCCAGUAACAUAAGCAAUCAUUCGACUUUCGUUGAAAUUUCUAUGGAAGACUUUGUGUUUUUUGGUCCCAUCCAUGGAAGACGGAAGACGGAAGACUUUGUGUUUUUUGAUCCCAUCCAUGGAAGACGGAAGACUUUGUCGUUGUUGCAAAAGUAAGGUUUCUACUCUGUAUUAUAUAUGGUUGGUCGUUAAAGCCGUCUGUCCUUCCUCCCAUAAAAAACACAAAGGUUAAAAAAAUGAACCUCAAAUUGUUCGAAGCAAUCACACAGAAUGACCAGUUGCUAUUCAAGCAACUACUAGAUGAAGAAGGUGAUUCAAUACUCGACGAAAGAACUGAGAAUUCACUGGAGACGACACUACAUUUAGCUUGUAAACAUGGGCAUGCCAAAAUUGUUCAUCAAAUAGUGGUGUUGCGGCCAGACUUGGUUAAAGCACAUAAUCAACAGAAAGAAACUCCUCUACUCGAUGCCUGUCGUGGCGGAAACCUAGAGGUGUUGGAGACCUUGUUGGAGGCUAAACCUUGGGUAUUUCAUCAGUCUAACUGUAAAAGUGCUUUGCUGUUGGCUUGUGAACAUGGACAUGGUCACCUGAUGAGGCGUUUGAUGUCAGAGAUGAAUAGUGUUGAAACUGUUUUUUUCUCUCUUUCGUCCAAUUUUGCUGCUGAAUUUUCCUGUCUACGCAUUACUAUCUCCCGUGGGUAUGCAGAAGUUAUCAGAGAGCUAAUCGAAGCGUGUCCAAUUCUUGUGGAAAGAUCAGAUGAAGAUGGACUUAAUUUACUGCACUAUGCUUGUGAAUUGGGUGAACCUGAUAUCGCAAGAAUAUUGCUCAUAUCGAAUCCUAACCUUGCCCAAUCUUAUGACAAUCAUGGCUUUGCUCCUCUGCAUCACGCAGUAAUGCGAAAUAAAAUAGCUAUCUUUAAAGAAUUUGAGGCAUUUGCUCCGUCUGCAUUUAAGAUCUUGACCAAGAAGCAAGAAACCAUCUUUCAUCUUGCAGUUCAAACCCAUCAAUUUGAUGCCUUUGUAAGCUUGAUCCAAGUUCUUGGUGACUCCAACGAUCUCUUUUAUAGACGAGACCAAGAUGGAAAUCGUCUCCUGCAUCUUGCUAUCUAUCAUAAUUCAGUUGAGAUUGCCGAAUAUCUGAUCAGCAAAGCAACAAAACAACAACUACAAACUAGAAACUACGUAGGGCUUACUGCUCUUGGCUUUCUGGAGAAGUCUGGACUGGAAGAUGUUGCCGCCCUGCAUCUCAAAGACCUCUUGCUAAAAAAACUCCACAAAUUUAAUCCCAACACAAAAUCAGCAUCUGAUAAUGAAAUAAGCCAACAAGAUGAAGAGUUGAAUGAAGAUCAAUCUCAGAUGGUUCAAUUAACAGAAACCCUAUCAGAUAUUGAAACUCGAACAUAUAAGUCCAAGCUGCAAGAAGUGACCAUUGAGCACAAAGUAGACAAAGUUCUAUCAAGAAAAUCUUCGUCAACCUCAUCGAGUUCACGUACUGUAUAUCAGGGUUGUAGAGGAAACGCAUCUUAUCAAAGGCCUUUAUAUAAAGCUGUAAAAACAAUUCUUACGACUAUAAAAGCAGAAAAGGGUGUUCGUAAGGAUAUACAGAAGAAAAGGAUGUAUGAAAUGCACAUGGAAGGGCUUCAAAAUGCAAGGAAUACGAUCAACAUAAUCGCAAUCUUAAUUGCUACAGUAACAUUCACAGGAUGCCUGAGCCCUCCAGGGGGCUUUUUCCAAGAAGGAGCUAACAUAGGAAAGCCAGUGUUGUCGCAAACAACAGCAUUUAAGGUAUUUCUGAUCAGCAACGAUGUAGCUCUCUUCUUGUCUCUUGGCAUCGUUGUUAUUCUUGUCAGCAUCAUUCCUUUUCGCACCACACCAAUGCGAAGGGUGUUGACUCUAACACAUAAGCUCCUAUGGCUUGCAGUAUUCUUCCUAGCCAUAGCUUACAUUGCAGCAAGGUGGGCUACAACCCUACAAGUCAAACACCUAAAAAGGACAUCCAAAAUUGUGUUGUCUAUCUGUGGCGGGUUCUUAUGCAUCAUAUUUGUUGGGUUGAGUAUUAUGCUUAUCAAAAACAAGCUAGAGACAUCUAAGUUGAGAAAGAAAGAAAAUUUAACAGCAGGAACCUUUUCAUUUGAAUCUAAUGUUCUAAGUCGAGUUACAUCUGGUUAUAUCACCUAUUAAGGCUAAACAACGUGAGACUUGUAUGGAUUUUUAAAGCCCUAUUUGCCUAAUUAGUGAUUAGCAGUAAGUUGAUAGACGAUAGCCAAUUGUAUUAGUUAUUUUGACUAUCUGUUAGCACAACAUUCCCAGGCCUUGUUAAACUCCAUCUUCUCUCAGUCAUUUUGGGGAGUCUAUGGAGUACUCAGUACUAGGUUGUUGGGUGUUAGUGAAUAGUGAUGUUCCUAACCGUUUUUAGAUUCCAAGAGUUUUCUUAUGUUGUCUCUCAUUAAAUUUGAGAUUAAGGUGAAUAUGGCAUACAUGUACCUGUU